UCUUUGUGCAGCUCCUCUUUCUGCAGCUCAGUUUCCAUUUCAUUCAGGUUGGAUUGGAAAGUGAUUACCUGGGAAGGGUUGGGUUACCCUGAGCCUCAGCAAAGGCAGCACCAGCUGCUCCAGGAACAUCUGAACCAGCAGCUCUGAGCUUUUCUUCUUGUUGGGAAUUGCUCAUGAACUCCCAUGGCUCAGGCUUUGAGUUGGCUGGUUCUGUUCUGUAGCCUGAGGACCUUCCUCAGAGGGGUCUCUUCCUUCUCAGCUGACUGCAGCCUGGACUGCCACAGCCACUGCCUCAUAGACUGCAGGCAGGGCCAUUAUUACACGGCUGGCAACUGCCUGGAGUGCCCAGCAGGCUUCUACUGCCCUGGAGGCCGAGCAGCUCCAAGGAAAUGCCCACUGGGAACUGCCAAUGAGCUGACUGCCCAGGGAAACCUCUCAGCCUGCCAGGUUUGUCCCCAGGGCUACCUCAGCCUGGAGAGCAGGGCUGGCUGCCGGCCGUGUCCCCAGGGCCACUCGUGUGACCCAGGCACGGGCACCCAGAGGAGCUGUGGGCCUGGCCAGCACUCACCUGAGGGACAGCUGGGCUGUGGGGACUGCCCCGAGGGACUGGUGUGCCCUGAUGGACACAGCACACAGCGCUGCGCGGCAGGUCAGCAGCCCAACCCCACUCGCACCCUCUGUGUCCCCUGCACUCCUGCUUCCCUCCCAGCUGAGGACACCAGGCCCUGCCAGCCCUGCCCAGCAGGUCACUUCUGCCCUGAUGACCUCGAGGUCCCCCCAUGCCCAGCUGGGAGCUUCAAGCCCAAGGAGGGAGUUCCCAACGCCAGCUCCUCGUGCUUGCCAGGAGCUGGCUUGUGUCUGAAGUGCCCUGCUGGUUAUUUCUGCCCUGCUGGAGCCACUUUCCCCGUGCCCUGCCAGCCAGGGACCCACAACCCUCUGCCAGGGCAGGACGAGGCUGCAGACUGCAGAGCCUGCCCUGCAGGGAGGGCUUGCACCCAGCCUGGCCUGGCCCAGCCUGACUCUGAGUGCUCAGCAGGGUACGUGUGCCCCACGGGCUCUGCCAGCCCCCAUGCCCCCAGCAAUGCCUGUCCUCCAGGAACUGUUGGCAACCACUUGGACCUCUUUGACAAAUCCCAGUGUGAGCCCUGCCCUGCAGGGUUUGUCUGUGCCAGAGGAACUGGGGGGCAGCAGAAGCCUCCCAGCCCGUGCCCGGUUGGGCACUACUGCCCAGCUGGCACCAGGCCCCUGGCACAGCUCAGGUGUGCCCCGGGCACCUGGAGCAACAGGAGCAGCCUGGCCUCGGCCCGGGAGUGCUCCCCGUGCCCCCCGGGCUGGUUCUGCCUGGGGGGAGCCCCCGCACCCAGCGGCAGAUGCAGCUCAGGCCACUACUGCCCCCAAGGCAGCUGGAGCAGCGCGCAGUUCCCCUGCCCUGCAGGCACCUUCAGCACCAGGCUGGGCAGGGCUGGGGUUCAGGAUUGCUCUGCCUGCCCUGCCGGAGCCUUCUGCCCCCCUGGCACCUCCAAACCUGUGCUGUGCCCGCCAGGAUCCUUUCGCGCGGCCCCUGGAGCGGAGCUGGCUGCAGACUGCACCCCCUGUCCUGGGGGCCAGCACUGCCCCGAGCUGGGCACGGUCACCCCCCGAGCCUGCGGGGCUGGCAGCUUCUCCGCGCCGGGCUCAGCCUCCUGCCUGCCCUGCAGGGUCGGGCACGUCUGUGCCAGGGAGGGCACCAGCCUGGAGGUGAUGCUGGCCAUGGAGUGCCCAGCUGGGCUCCUGUGCCCGCAGGGACAGGCACACGUCCCAGAUGGCACCGCCAACGCCUGCCCGCAGGGACACUUCUGUCCCCAGGGAGAUGCCGCCCAGCCUUGCCCCAACGGCACCUACAGUGAGCAGAGGGGGCUCAGCAGCGCUGCUGGGUGCUCGCCCUGCCCUGCAGGGAGCUUCUGCUACACUGAUGGGACAGAGAAUUCCUCAGGAAUUCCUCACCCUACAGGGGAUUGCCCAGCUGGUUACCUGUGCCCUGCAGGCACUGGGUUCCCCUUCUCCUUCCCCUGCCCGCCUGGCAGCUUCUGGGACAACUCCAGCACGGGGGGACGAGGGGUUUGCAAGCCAAGCCCAGCCGGGCACUUCUGUGACUCCCCUGCCAUGACACAGCCCAAGCUCUGCCCAGCAGGUUUUUACUGCGCUGAAGGCAGCUCCAAGCCCGAGCCCUGCCCGGAGGGGACAUUUGGUGACAGGCAGGGGCUGUCCGGACCCUCGGGGUGCAGCCCCUGUGCUCGGGGCUCCUUCUGUGCUGCCCCAGGACAGACUGGCCCCAGUGGGCCCUGCCAGGCUGGAUUUUACUGCCAGGGCAGGGCUCUGACUCCAUGGCCCACGGACGGUGUGACCGGAGCUGUGUGUCCUGCUGGCUCCUACUGCCCCUCUGGCUCUGCCUUCCCCAUCCCCUGCCCUGCAGGGACCUUCAGCAACACCAGCGGGCUCAGGAGCCUGCAGGAGUGCUUGGAUUGCCCACCUGGCUUAUAUUGUGAUGGAAUAAACAACCAAGCCCCCUCAGGACUUUGUGAACCUGGUUACUUCUGCACAGGAGGAGCCAAAAGUGCUCUGCAGCACGUGGUGAUGGAGGGACAUUAUUCCCUAGCAGGAGCUUUCAAAGCAGAGCCGUGUCCCCUGGGCACCUUCCAGCCUGGCCGUGCUCAGUCUCUCUGCAGGGAUUGCCCUGAGGGGACUUUCUGCAGUGAGCCAGGCCUGGCUGCCCCCCAGGACUGUCCCAAAGGCCAUUUCUGCCCGGCUGGCAGCUCCGUGCCUCUCCCAUGCCCCAUGGGAAGUUUCUCGGAUGUGGAGAGGGCAGGAUCCUGCCAGCCCUGUCCUGCAGGGAUGUUCUGCAGCAGGGCUGGGCUGCCUGGGCCAGAGGGGCACUGCCAGCCUGGCUAUUACUGCACUCGAGGCUCCAGCACCUCCUCACCCGUGGGGCUGCCCUUUGGAGAUCUUUGCCCACGAGGACAUUACUGCCCAGCUGGCACUGGGCACCCCAAUGCGAUGCCAUGUCCUGCUGGCACCUGGAAUGGCCAGAGAGGAGCCCAGGAUGUCACCUGGUGCCUGCCCUGUGCCCCUGGGUUCUUCUGCAACGUGUCUGGCCAGGAUGCUCCUGGGGGACUUUGUGCACGAGGCUAUUACUGCACGGGGAGGACCAAGACUGCAAAGCCAGAGGAUGGCGUCACUGGAGAUCUCUGUCCUCGGGGACAUUUCUGCCCUGCAGGCUCAGCAGCACCUUCCCCCUGCCCCAGUGGGGAAUACAGCAAUGCCACAGGUCAAGACAAAUGCCUUCCUUGUCCUGCUGGGUUUCACUGCUCAAAGGGGCUCCGGCGCCGCUGCCCUCCCGGCUUCUACUGCCCCCAGAAAACUGGGAUCAGUUUUUAUCCUUGUCCUCCUGGCACUUACAACCCCUCCUACGGCCUGAGCCAUGCUGAGAGGUGCCAGCAGUGCCCUGCAGGAAUGUUCUGUGGAGAAUGGGGAUUGUCCUCUCCCAGUGGUCCCUGCUGGCCCGGAUUCUUCUGCACAGCAGGAGCAAGUGUCCCCAACCCCAGUGGAGCCACAAACACGAGCAGUGGUGGCCCCUGCCCUCCUGGACACUUCUGCCCAGCUGGCACCAGUAUCCCCCAGCCGUGCCCUGUGGGCACUUACUCACACAGGCUCCACAAUGGGCAGGAUUCCAGCUGCACUGAGUGCCCACCUGGCCAGUUCUGUGGCUCCCCUGGCCUCACAGCCCCCUCAGGACCCUGCUCACCUGGGUACUUCUGCCAGCCUGGCGCUUCCUCACCGUCACCACCCGGUGUGCGGCAGAGAGGAGGCCCUUGCCCUGUGAGCCAUUUCUGCCCAGAAGGGACCAGCUCUCCCUUGCCCUGCCGUGCAGGGACUUACAACAACCUGUCCACACAAGCUGCCUGCUUCCCCUGUGCUGCAGGCUACUUCUGCCCAGAGAACACCACCAGCUACAGCACAAACCCCUGCCCAGCUGGAUUUUACUGCCCCAAAGGCACCAGGUUUGCCACGGAGUUUCCCUGUCCCAGGGGCUACUACAACCCUGACCCCAUGAGCCAGAGCUUGGACAGCUGCCUGCCCUGCCCACCUGGGCACUACUGUGGGCAGGAGGGGCUGACAGCAGCCUCAGGCAGGUGUGACCCAGGCUGGUUUUGCAUCUCGGCUGCCUGGACCUCACAGCCCUUUGACCUGGACAACUACACCAGUGCCAACUGCCUGUGCCCGGCCACUGCCACCGGGGGCAAGUGCACAGCUGGCUUCUACUGUCCCCAGGGCAGCCCAGAGCCUCUUCCUUGUCCCCCUGGGCUCUUCUGCAAUGCCUCAGGGCUGCCUGUGCCCAGUGGGGAGUGUGCUGCUGGCUUUUACUGUGCAGGGGGAGCUGCUGGCCCCAAACCCACGGAUGGUGUCACCGGGAACAUCUGCCCCACGGGCUCCUACUGCACUGCAGCAUCAGCAGCGCCCCAGCCCUGCCCGGCGGGCACCUUCUCCAGCCUGCCAGGGAGGAGAGCCCUGUCUGAGUGCCAGCCCUGCCCCUCUGGCUUCUACUGCGAGGAGCCCGGCCUCAGUGCCCCCUCUGGGGAGUGCAGGGAAGGGUAUUUCUGUCCCCAGGGCACAGCUGUUCCCAUUGCCUGUCCAGCAGGAUCCUACAACCCUUCACUGAGCCAAAGCAGCUGCCUGCCCUGUCCUGAAGGGUUCUUCUGCCCCAAGAAUUCCUCUUCCGUUUUGGAGAACGAGUGUCCCCCUGGCCACUUCUGCCCUGCGGGCACUGCCUCUGCAGCUCAGUUCCCAUGUCCCAAGGGCACCUACAACGCCCAGCCUGGCCGCAGCCUGAGCUCCCACUGCAGCCCCUGCGAGCCAGGGCACUUCUGUGCUCUCCCUGGGCAGUCCCAGGUGACAGGGCCCUGCCUGGCCGGCUUUUACUGCUCGGGAGGAGCCGCCAGCCCCACGCCCAGGGAUGCUCCGGUGGGGGACCGAUGUCCCCAAGGCUCCUACUGCCCUCGGGGCUCGGCCUCCCCGCUGCCCUGCCCUCCCGGCCACUACAGCGGCUCAGCUGGGAACACUGGGAUCCAGGGCUGCCUCCCCUGUGAUGCAGGGUAUUUCUGCAAUGGGACUGGACUUGUGUCCCCCAGUGGGUUGUGUGAGGCUGGCUUCUACUGCACUGGAGGAAGCCUUUCCCCCAGACCUCCCAGGCCAACUGCCAGUGGAGGUCCCUGUCCCCCUGGGCACUUCUGUGAGGAGGGGAGCAGCAGAGCCCAGCCGUGCCCUGCAGGGACCUACAGCCCCUCCUGGAGGGGGAGCCGCUGCCUGGAGUGCCCAGAGGGCUUUUACUGCACCUCUGCCCCCAGCAACGACACAGACUGUGCUCAAGGUCCUGGAGCACAAACUCCUGAGCUGUGCCCUGCUGGCCACUUCUGUCUGCCCGGGACCACCUUCAGCACGGAGCACCCGUGUCCCAAGGGCACCUUUGGCCCCAGGCCUGGUGCCACCAGUGAGUCUGACUGUGAGCCCUGCCCGGCAGGGAUGUAUUGCUCAGCCCCAGGGCUGGCCCAGCCCUCUGGAUUUUGUUACCCAGGUUAUCACUGUGCCAAGGGAGCCACCAGCCCAGCGCCCUUCAAGCACAGGGUGGACUCCUCCAGCCCUGCCCUGCCUGGCAAUGACAUCUGCCCCGUGGGCCACUUCUGUCCCCGUGGCACCGGGCACCCCGUGCCGUGUCCCCCCGGGUCCCUGUCCAGCGCCCUGGGGCUGGGGGCAGAGGGGCAGUGCCAGCCCUGCCCUGCUGGGAGGGUCUGCACUGCCCCAGGGCUGGCUGAGCUGGCACAGACGUCGCUGUGUGACCCAGGGUACGUUUGCCUGGAAGGGAACUCUGCUCCCUGCCCUGUGGAUGGCAUCCAUGGGUACAGAUGUCCCAGAGGCUCCUACUGCCCGGCGGGCUCGGGGCUGGAGCUGCCCUGUGAGCCUGGCACCUUCAGCCCCGUGCCAGGGGCCAGCUCCUGCCUGCCCUGCCCGCCUGGCACGGCCUGUGCCAGUGCUGGCACCGUGCAGCCCCUCACCUGCCCCAGAGGGUACUUCUGUCCAGGCCGCACUGCUGUCCCUGUGCCCUGUCCCGAGGGGACACUCAGCCCCUUGGAGGGGGCACUGGCACCCACGGCCUGCAGGCAGUGCCCCGUGGGCAGGUACUGCAGGGGAGAGGCCAACUGGGAGCCUGAUGGGCCGUGCUCGGCCGGGUACUUCUGUCACGGAGGAGCCACCGACGCCACCCCCCGAGGGACAGCCGGCUUCCCCCUGAGCGGGCCCUGCCCUCCGGGGCACUACUGCCCCCAGGGAACCCCCUUCCCUGUGCCCUGCCCGGCUGGGACCCUCAACAACGCCACCGGAGGUGGCUCCCAGGACAGCUGUGUGCCCUGCUCCCCUGGGGCAUUCUGUGCCAGCGUGGGGCUGAGCUCUCCCACAGGACCCUGCUCUGAGGGCUUCUACUGCCCAGCCAACUUCAGCUCCGUCAGCCCCACGGCGUUCCUGUGCCCCAAGGGUCACUUCUGUGGGUCAGGCUCAGCCCUGCCCAGGCCGUGCCCAGCCGGGCAGUACCAGCCAGCCCCGGGCUCUGCCUCCUGCAUCCCGUGCCACAGAGGAUUCUACUGCCAGGAGAAGGUGGCAGGGGACCCCAGGCGCUGCCCACCUCAUUCCUACUGCCCCCCAGGGACACGAGUUCCUCUCACCUGUCCUGAGGGCACCUUCACUCCUGAUAACGUGACUGGCCUCUGGAAUGAGAGGGAAUGCCUGCCUUGCCUCCCUGGCCACUACUGCAGGCACGGCAAGCUGGAAGGGAAAUGUGCUGCAGGAUAUUUCUGCCUGGCUGGGAGCCCUCAGGCUGCUCCCCAGGGCCUCCCCUUCUCCUGGCGCUUCCUGGCCGGCUGCCGCUGGGGCCAGCUGUGUGCAGGGCUGUGUCCUGCAGGGGAUUCUGAGGCCCAUCCGUGCCCUUUGGGCCAUUACUGCUUCGGGAGCAAUGGCAGUGCCCAGGGCAGUGUCCUGGCCCCUCAGGAGUGCCCUCCCCACACCUUCCGUGGGCACCUGGGGGCACGGAGCCUGGCAGAGUGCCAGCCCUGCCCUCCUGGGUACCACUGUCCCCUGCCAGGCCUGACCAGCUUUGAGGAUUACCCCUGUCCCCCUGGCUACUGGUGCCCUGGCAGUGACAGCUACCACCAGCAGCCUUGUCCCCGUGGCCACUACUGCCCUGCCCUGUCCCCUGCCCCGCUGCCCUGUCCCCCGGGCACCCACGGGAGCAGCAGCUCUGCCAAGCACCCCGGGGACUGCCAGGCCUGUCCUGCUGGCACCUUCAACCACCUCCCUGCCCAGCCUGCCUGCUUCCCCUGUGGCAGCUCCUCUUCCUCCCAGCCAGGUGCCACCAGCUGUACCUGCCAUGGGCUCAACAGGGCUUUCCAGCAGUCAGAUGCCUCCUGCAUCUGCCGGGCAGGUUAUGUUUACUAUGAUGAGAGAGGCAAGAAAGACUCUGACAGCAACAGCGACCAGGAUUGCCGACCUCAGGUGGACGAGCUGUGUGCCCCCGGGCAGGUCCGGCUGGCGUCCACGCGCCGCUGCGCCGCCCCCGAGCGCCACGACUGCGCCCCCGCCUGCGGGCCGGCCGGAGGGGAGCUCCACGCACAGCUGGGCAUAUGUCACUGCAAGCAGUACGUCUCUGCUGAGGAGCUCUGUGACCAGCUGUGCCUGCUGAGAGCCCCACGCAUCUCCCUGGCCUUUGGCACCCACCGGGAGCUGCUGCUGAGGGUGGGCGAGGGCCAAGUGAGGGAGGUUUCAAAUGUUCUGGGCCCUGAUGAGCACCUGCAGAGCAGCCAAAGGGUGCAUUUGGUUCUGUUCAGCCCCCAGGGAGUGCUGGGUUUCAUUGUCUCCAGCACAGCAGUUCUGGAUGCAUUUCUCAUGGGAGAUUUUUCCUCAGAUCAGCUGCUGCAGAAAGGGCCCAGAGCCCAGAGGAGCUCCCCCAGAGAGAGCCAGGCCUUGCCCCUCAUCCCUAACCCAGUGGUGUGUCUGGAAGCAGGGGACACGAUCCUCUUCCAGCUCAGCAUCAAUUCCCAGGAGCGUGCCUCCAGCCAUUACCCCGUGUACCAGAAGCAGCAUCUCUACAACAACAACCCCGGCUGGGAUUUCGGACCCUUCCGAAGGCUGGACCACCUGAUCCAGGAGACCCAGCUCAACAUCUCCUGGUUUGCCCAUGUGUUCCUGGAGCCUGGCACAUUUGUUUUCAGGGACAGCUCCGUUCAGGAACGCUUCCUGAUUGUGACAGUGAAGGAGGCCAGCGUGAGCUGUGACCCCAGGGACGCCUCCUUCCAGCCCUCCUCCCUGUUCCAGCUGGCCAGACACGGCAUUUUGAAGCAGCAGCAUCAUCUGAACCUGGCUCCCAACUGGGCUGCUAUCACAGCAAUCCUUUUCAUCCUGGGCUUCCUCGUGCUGGUGCUCACCACCCUGGCCAUCGUGUUCCAGCCUGCUGGCCCCAAAAUCAGCCCCCUGAAGGGCUGGAAGCCACGCUGGAGGAGCCUGGGGGAGCCACACAUCCCACCAGAGUACAUCCUCCUUAAGGACAGUGUAGAGUUCUAUGAGAUGCUUGGUCCGCGUGGAUCUGGAGAAGAUGCUGGCUCUGGAGAGAAGGGAGCAGUGCCCGGUGCAGAGCACAGCUUCACCCCCAGGCUCCUGGAGGAUUUCAGUGUCCGGACCCUCUAUGACAAGCUGGAGGAUCAGAAUUUGCACUUGGCCUCUCAGCUGGCAAAGCACAGGAUGGACGUGCUGGUGUUCCACAGGGGGAUCAGCCAGAGGAUCCAGAGCCUCAUGGACAUGGUGCAAGCUGUGGACUGGGAAGCCCUGAAAACCUCCAGGCAGGGGAUUUGUGGGCAGGAAGCUGCAGAGCAGAGCUGGGCAGCAGUGGGUGCUGAGCUGAAGGAUGGGCAGUGGAACAACAACUCCCAGCCAGGUUCCCCAUGGCAAGAGGUGACAGAGUUGAUGAGAGCUGUGGAAGCUCUGCUUGGGAGCCCUCCUGAGAGGAGCAGAGCUGCAAAUCCAGGGCAGGAGCCCAAGGUCCCAGCAGAGGCUGCAGUGGGAGCUGUGCCCCCCCUGCCCAGCCUGGCCACUGAGAAGAAACCACAAGGGCAGGAUCCUGAGCUGGCUCAGCUCUGGGAGCUGUUCAGCAGGAAAGAUUCUUUUUCCAGCCUGCCUGGGCAUGAAGAGCGUGGUUCAGAUCUCCCCUUGGCUUAUCUGACUGAGCUGGAGGUGGAGGGUCUGGUGGCAGCUCCCCCCCUUGCCAAGAACCUGUGUGAGAUCAAGAAAGCUUUGGUGAAUCUGCAUCAACCCUCAGCCCUUGGCAAUUCAGACAGCAAACACCAAGCCAGCCUGGGGAGCUCAGGCCUCUUCUGAUGGAUGCCUGGGAUGGAGCCCUGCAGCUGGGAUAAAGAGGAGCUGCACUCUCAGAGCAGGGACAGGAGCAGGAGGAUUUCAUGUUCUGCACAGUAAAACAGCCACCAG